AUGGCCUCUCACCCUCGGCAGCGACUGACGUCACCGUCUCGAUCGCUCUCGUUGAUUCUCCAUGUCCUGGGCGUCGCAUCCUUCAGCUACAACUUCCACUUCCUGACCACAUGGGACACUCCCUUCGCCAAGGCCUACGGCUGGCACUUCCAGUUCCUCACAAUUAUUGGCCUCACUUCGUCUCUAGUAGCAUUCGCCUUCGGCAUCUUGGCUGACCUGACCUCGAUUCCUGUCCUAUUCCAGGCCAAGAAUGCCGUCGCCGUUCUUGCCACGCCCCUGGAGGUCGUCAUCUCAAUCCUGUACUGGGGAAUCAGGUUUAUCGACACCUCAUUGCUCAUACCAGAUGACUUCCGCUUGGAUCUUCUCCCUGAUGUGGGAUUCCAUCUUGCGCCAGCCGUCUUCUUGACGCUUGACCUCAUCCUUUUCAGCCCUCCAUGGACAAUCUCUGCAUACGGUAUAAUGACCCUCAGCACUGUGUUAGCCUUUGCGUAUUGGUAUUGGGUUGAGCUUUGCUUCAGUCACAACGGAUGGUACCCUUACCCCCUCUUUGAGUUGCUUUCUACGGUCCAGCGCGUUGCUUUGUUCACUUUCUCCGCCGCCUUGGUGACUGUCUCGUCCGCCGGGCUCAAAUGGGUUUAUGCACAAGUCAAUGGCUACGACAAGGCAAAGAAGGAGGCGCACAAGCCCCUCAAGAAGAUAGAAUAA